AUGAAGAAACGGCUGAGUGGCGACGGGGAGAGCAAGAAGGCUAGCCGUGAAGCCAAGGAGCGAUCGAGUGAAUCCGGUCAACAAGAUGCCUCCUCGAGUAGUGAGCGACGGAAAGAGGUGGCUCCAAAGUCUCCGCCAUCGGCGUCUGUUGCUCGAAAGCCCACAAUCACCGAAGAGACAUCCACCGAUGACACUGCCGCUGCUGCCCCCGCGUCCAAGAGCCCCCCUACUAGUAAAGUAAGAUCCACUUCUCCCAAGACGAUUAGGCCGCUGGCUGCGAAGACUGCUGCGAAAAUCAAGACAACCGCUACCAAGAAAGAGAAGCCAGGGGCCAAGAAAGCCGCCGACAACAAGUCAAACAACGCAGGCAAGAAGAAGGAAUCCAAAGAAAAGAGCAAUAGUAACAACAACAGCAAGAAAGACAACAAUAAUACCAAUUCCAACUCAUCGGAUGACCCCAACAAGAAGGAUGACAAGAUCGUCAAGAAGAAAGGAGACGACACACCUGAUGCUAUCAAAACAUACAGCGAUGUACCGACUCUCGAGACGACAAAGCUUCCCCGCGGUGGUGUCAGUGUCGAUACGAAAGCUGUGGGCCGUGUACAGUUUGGUAUCCCUCCCGAGACUAUCAAAGACAGCAUGAGAUUAGGAUUGCCUGUGCCACAGGUAUACAUUGUUCCUGUAGAACGAUUUUGCAGAGAGAUGGGACCUGCUCUGGGGGUCAAUCUGGCAGAGUUUGAGUUCCCUGCCUACUUCAACUUCUUUGUCUACAAAAAGAGAUGCACGCUAGUGGUGGACUCGGCAGACGCCGAACAAAACAUCCGUCGUGUCUUUAGCGAAACCUUACUCGGUCCUGCACAGUUCCGGAAAGAGGAAGAUCCCAUCCCACACGAGUCGGAAGAUUUCGCACUAGACUUUGACAAAGAUGCCAUUCCAAACUUCCAAAAAGAGUUGAAGCACUUCCGAAUAAUGCCGGACGGAAAAGAGCUUGUUCUGGAAACACUGCUCAAUUUCCGACACUUUCAUAUGCCCGUCGAGAAUGUGGGUCACGAGAACCUUGGUGUGAUCAGACCAUCCGAAGACGACGAUGAAGAGGGCGAAGCUUGCACGGACGAUGAAGAAGACGACGACGAUGAGCCAGAGGCAACAGAGGAGGUUCCCCAUAAUGCAAAAGAGGUCGAGCAAAAGCGUGAGAAGACGCCCUUCAACUACAACCAAGCAAGAUGGAUGGGCGAUGUAGCGACUGUCUGGCCACCCACAGCCACGGAGGAGCAGAUCGCCGCAAGAAACGUCCCUAGGGUUGAGGUCUUCAAAAUGCCGGGUGGAACCGAGUACAUUGUUCAUGACAUUGACGAGAACAACUUCAUCAUCGGAAAAGCUCGGUUCUCGGGUCACGUAAAGGUUUCGGAACAAAUGAGCGUGGAAGGAUUCGGCGGCACAUCUAUUCUCGACAACGUCCACGAAGAGGAAAACGGAAUUGACGACGACAUCGAUUCGGAUGAUUCUGACGCCCCCACCAGAAAGCGAGAGCUUCCACGCACCUUUCAUCCGCCAUCAUUUGGUGUUACCGUUCUCGGAAAUUCCCACGGUUUCGAUAAGAGUGGGUCUGUGUCUGGUUAUGUUUUGUGGAUCAAUGGUCGUGGUGUGAUGAUCGAUCCUCCACCCUAUUCGUCAGCGACUCUCGAAAGAGAAGGUAUCCGGCCACGAAUGAUUGUCGGCAUCAUUAUUACUCACUGUCACGCUGAUCACGAUGCCGGUGCCUUCCAGAAAGUGCUGACUGGGUCUCCUGUUGUCGUCAUCACAACUCCGACGAUCUACAAGAGUUUCAUUCGGAAGUAUGCUGCGCUGUCAGCUUUGAGCCCCGCUCUGCUUCGACACAGCCACCGAUACAAGCCAGCCAUCAUCGGACAACCACUGCGGUUCCAAGGAGCCACCUUUCAUUUCACCUAUACGCUACACACAAUUCCAUGUGUGGGUUUCCGAGUAGAAUGGCGGGGGAGAUCAAUGGUUUUUACUGGAGAUCAUUUCAACAGUCCACCAGCAAUAGACAAACUAGAAGAGACGGGUGUGUUAUCCCACGCCAGAGCUAAUGACCUCAGACAGCUUCCACUCCAGGAAACUGAUCUACUGCUACAUGAGGCAGGAGCACCUCCUAUCCACACACCCCUGGAAGUUUUGAUGAAGUUGCCGUCCCGUGUAAAGAGGAGGCUGUACGUCGUACACACCUCUGCUCUUCCUGAGGACUGUGAACUACGCGUUGCGCCUACCGGAACUGCGGGAACGAUUCGCUUGGAUCAGCUGCAGAAAUCCAGAAAUCGACUAGCUGACAGAGGCAUGAGUCACAGGAACUGGGGAAAUCUGGAAACUUCGUCCGUCAACAUGGAGGAAGACCAAGACUUGCCUUCAGCCUGGAAUGGUGCCAACAGUGAGUACGAUUCUUCCAGUGUUAAUAGCUUUGAAGAAAACCAUGCGCUGGUUCAAGCGUCAGCUCCAGACUUCGCGACUUCGUUCUCCAAUCUAUCCGCGGCACAAACGAGUACCGGAAAGAAAUCCAGAGCCAACUCUAUGUUUGCAAGUGACAGUAUGGCGCACAUCCCUCUUGUUUCCUUGCGACCGGCGUCGAGCACGGAUGCCUGGUUCAUCUUGAACUUGUUGAGUGCGGUGCCCUUUUUGUCAAGUCUGUCAUAUGCGUCGACCAUGGAGGUGCUCGAGACUUGUAGGGUGGACGCGUACUGCGUAAACGAUGUUGUUGUCCCCACUACCAGAAGAAGGCAACUGCUGUGUGUAGUUUGGGAGGGAACUUGCGCCGAACGACCGAGGCAUACGACGACAAGCCAAGCCAGAGGAUCUUCCGUCCUGCCGCCUAUCGGAGAAUCGGACGUUAACGAUGGUCUAGUAGGUGCUGUUUGGUAUGCGGGGGAUUGGACAGGACCAAUUGCACUCCAGCCAGAAAGAAGGCUCAGCGGCGAGAGCGAUCUUAGCCCAACACACGACGUCGUUGCAAUCUCAGCCGAAGGUGUCAAGGUAAUUACGAUUGAGAUCAGCCACCUGCAUCCCAUUCUGAAGAGCGGGUCACCGCUGUACAGGAAAUACCUUGACCGACGAACGCAACAAGAACGGGCGCAGAGCCUUGAAAUGACGGAAGGCGAUCACAUGAGUGCUACCGAACAAUUGCUAGGGGAAGCGCUGCGCAAUCUAAACAUUUUGGAGCUUUUGAAUUGCAAUUCUGCUCUGAGGAAACUCAGCGCUGUGCAAAAGAGACACCUCGAAAGUCUUGCGGAGGGACCAGUCAGCUUUCUCCCAGGCGAGCGCAUAUGGCGAUCAGGGGCUCCGGUGGAUAAGGCUUUUAUCAUAGUGUCGGGCACAGCCUCGUUCGUCCCAAGGCGGCGAAACGCUGGAUCUGCCAAUGUCCCAAAUACGAGUCAUUCCAAGUAUCGGCCAGAGGAAUCCAAAGCGAAUUGCAGCAUUGGAGAAGAAAUGCGACAAGAUGCUUUGAAGGCCAUCGAAGAGCUGGGUACCAACAACACAAGUGACAAGCACGACGAAGAAUCAACUGACUGCACAGAAGACAGCCGUAAGUAUGAUAAUGUACUGCAGUUUGAUUCCAUUUUCAGUCAAGGUCGUGGCGGAGAUUCCGUGUCAUCGCACGCCGAGGGCGACGACUUUGGGAAGCUCAGUCGGGAUCUACAAAAACAGGCAGAAAAUAUGAUCAGAGGCCACGGCGCAUCAUCCAAUUCCAUUGAUUCAUCUGUGGAUACCGGUGCCUCUGAACAAUUCGAGGUUGAAAGUGGCGGCGAGGACGCGUACGGGUACAAUGAUGACGGCGAACAAAGGGGCCGACGAACACACCUCGUCAGACGGCGAUCGUCGAAGGCACGAUUUGCCAACAAGGUCUUGGGUCGGUUAUAUAGCCGCAGAGCAUUUACUCACGGUCUCAUCUUCAGUCGGGGUCACUUCCUCGGAGAUGUGUCGAAAAUGGUCGCGGGCGUCCUGUCUUCAGACGUAUCGUCUGAAUUGGGCGACGAUUCCAGUCCAUCGUAUGGAUUUGGUGAAAUGUCUGAAAGUGGCGAGCACGGAAGACGGACUUCACAAACGAAGGAAAUAUCACUGAGUGUGGCGGAGAUGGUAAUUCACGAAUCAGGCAACCACAACAUCAUGCACAGCUCCACUUUGACAGCCGGCAAAGACGGCUGUGUCGUUUUGGUGUUCCCGAAAGCAAGUUUUGGGCCAUUCUUGGACGAGUAUCCUGGCUUGUUACUCAGUUUGCUGGGGACACAAGUUGUUGUGUAG